AUGGCUUCCACCGCACACGACUCGUCCAAAAAGCGCCGCUUCCAGCCUCCCAUCACCAACUUUUUCACGUCGACGCUGGAAGAAGAAAGCACUGGCCUGUCGCACAACAGCUACGCCGCACCGACAAACACACCAACUCCAGCCCUCCCAACCAAUAUCUUGUCAUCGCUCCUCGGAGUUGGAGCUCGUGUGCGCAAAUCUGUUCCCGAGGGAUACAAAACGGAGCAAAAGAAAAUGACACAAUACACAAUUCCAGCCCCGGUUCAAUCUCGCCGGGAAGAGACAAGCAGCUCUAUUCAAUCACACUCAACCCAAGUUUAUGCCGAGUUGGAGCCCUUCUGCGGCCUUCACAAGAUCGGAAAUCACGCCGUUCAGACCUUCCCUCGCCCAAUAGAAGAGUAUCAAAAUGCAGUUCACGUAGAUGAAUUGGAAACCAUUUCGAUACCGAAUAGCAGCCAAGAUUCAAGCGGGUCAUCCUCGUUUUCAACCAAUCUUAAUAAGCGCUCUUUUGAUGCCGACAUCGAGGAGGAUGACGAUAUCGAGUUUCCUGCUACAGUCUUCCACUCAUCUGGAGAUUUCUGGCAACGUCCCCUUAAUGGCAAUUUUAAUUCUGGGUCGGCACCCGCAGUUAAUAUGAGAUCACAACGGACCAUUCUUUCACCAAAACUGGGCCAGCAACGACGACAAAGAACGGCUCAGAACCAUUCUUGGAAAAGCAACGCCGAACAAGAGAACCAAGAUCCAUUUCUUACCGCAGAAAAUACUCGGCUGGACCUUGAUGAUUUUGACGAGGCAACCUUUCUACGACGCAGGGACGAAGUAGAUGCUGACCAUCUGUGGUCUGGUUCCGACGUCGAAAUGGACGUGGCAUGA